GGCCAAGCUGUAGGGAAGAGGAGGAGUUGGAGGUGAGGCAUCUUCUAAGGGAGACUUCUAGUUGGUACGAUGAAACAGCGACAAAAGAGGAAACAUCUGGAAAAUGAAGAGUCCCAGGAAACUGCCGAGAAGGGAGGAGGAAUCUUGAAGUCACAAGAGGAUCCCCCUCCGCUUGGAUCCACUGUGGUGGCCCAAGGCUGCAGCCCAGGGUCAGGGGAGGUCUCCUCUGCCUCUGAAUACUUCUCCUAUGCUUCUUCUCCACGCAAGCUCAUCUGCAGUGAAAUUCAGAGAUUACAUCGAGACACUGCCCAGCCUAGAGCACCCCUAGCCCAGGUUCAGGAACAAGGGGAGACCACUCCCCCAUCACAGUAUGUCUCCUUCUCAUCCUCUUCAUCGUAUGAGGACUCUCUGUAUACAGACGAAGAGGAAAGGGGCAUGAAAAUAUUCUACAUGCGGGUACAAGUGAACAAGGGUGUAGCUGUCUCCUGGAUGAUAGAGAAACCCUUGGAGUUGCUAGAAAAGCAGCUGAGGAGAGAAGAAGUGACCCUUCCUGAGCAUGUGUGGGUAGGCAAUGCCAUCUCUCAUGUGUCCACCAGAAACCUGUCUGACAGUGAGCCCACUGGGGAGGAGAAUGAGUGUGAGGAAAGGGCAGAGCCAGACAGCCCAUCAGGGUCACCUGCAGUCAAGGAGACGCCCAGGGCCAAGACACCGGACUGGCUGGUGACCAUGGAGAUGGGCUUCAGGUGCAUGGCCUGCUGCCGGGUCUUCCCCACCUUGGAGAUCCUCCAGCAGCACGUGCAGUACAGUGUCCAGGACGGCUUCAGCUGCCAUGUCUUUCAUCUCGCCAUGUCCCAGCUGAUGGACAAUGUGGAAUCCGAGAGCACCUCUGAGGAGGAGAAAGAGGAGCAAGAAGAAAAGGAGAAUGAGGGGCAGCAGCCCACGGGGGAAGACCUCUGCCCGAGGAGCCGGUGUCCAGUCUAUGUGUUUCAUUCUCCGAAGGACAGGAAGUGAGCAGGGGCUGGGGCUGCGGAGGGAGCUGUACCUUCCCUGAGCCAGUCCCGUCUCACCACCCCAGGCUCAUGCUUCCAUAAGGGAGAGUUGGGGGCUUUAGCACCUCAGGGGACAACUGAAUGGGAGAUAACCGGCUCCUGUGCUUCUGGCCCAGUCAUUUAAUAAUAAAGUCAUGACUCAACUGAGAUUCAUGGGACAGAAGAUCCCGGAAGACGGUGUGGCCUUCUCUUGGAAGAGGGAGAAGAAAGGACCCUCAGGAUAGUAGCAGACAGAAUGCCGUGGUCUGAAGGAGGAUGAAGGGACCAGCACUCAGUCUCAC